UACCAUCUUUAGAAUUUAUUUGCAUGCUUUAUGUGACCUCCAAAGUCGGUGUCAAAAAAGCAUGAACUAUUUCUCUUUUUUUUCUGGAGGUCUACUUUUUGCCGAAGCCAUGUUUACAGGGACGUACUGUGAAAGCAGGAUUGUGCCAUAGAUAUGAACACUAGCCGCCGGCCGCGUCCAACCUUUUUGUCGUGGCCCAACCCAGUGCGCCACCAUCUUCGACCGGUAUCAUUAUAUUUUUUCAUAGAUUUUACCGCCAUCUAGAAGAUAAUGUGCGUAUUGCCUUGUCACUGAUUGAUGGCAGCUGCAUACCAGCUAAACGUGGUGGCGAUCUGACUUGAGCCAUUUGUUCCAAUACAAAAGGGGUGCAUUCCAAUAUGCAGACCUCCGUCCUCCACUUGUGUUUGUGGCCUCGCAUGUUGCUGACGCCCCGCCUCCGUGAAGAAAACAAUUAAGUGUCCCCGCUGUCAGCCUAGCCACAACAAUUUUUGGGGGACUGUUCUUCAUUCACCAUCCCGAUUGCAAAUGAGGAAAUGACAUUAGAAUUGUGCUUUUGCAAGAUAUUGAAUUCAUUUUCUGUCGUCAGUGACGUCAUCAUGAGGUCACAAGCAGGCAAGUGAGCAAGGAAGGACGGAAGUCUGCAUAUUGGAAUGCACCCAUGGAGUGGCCUGCGUUGUAUCUAGUGUUCAUAUCUCUGGGUUUUGCUACGUAUGCCAUGGAAGACAGAAGACCUGCUUUUGGAAAAAAUCACUGACAUGCCAGCUGCGCCAUGUUUGUAAAGACUUCUAUUUUUAACCUGCAAAAAAAGUACAGUAAAGACAGACAGUGUAAUAUUUUAGGUGGGGUGAUCAUAAGGCUUUUGUAUGGCUUGUUAUCUUGUGCAUGAUGCCUUAAAUUGUACAAAGGUGCAAAGAAAAAAAAAGCUUUUAUUAAAAAAGACGAAUACAUUGGAAAAGCCAUACUAAAAUGGUGUCUUGUUUAUUUCUUAUUCACUGGCUUUUGUGAAUUACAACCUGGUGAAUUCAGGUAUAUUUUAAGCUGCCAUUGCAAUUUACCAUAAUGACCAUAUGAAUGUUGUAAUUACAGGGCAGGCCAUGAUCUUUUCUGGAACGAAUAGAAUAAUGGGAUUGUAAUAUGCCGCAUUUUAAAGUGCAAUGACCCGUUAAGGUGCAAACGUCUGGAAAUGUGAUGCAUGGAGACAUUUCAUUUGUCUGUUGAAAAGCAGCUCAACUUUGCCCCCCAGUGUUUAGUUGGCUGUAUUGCACCCAGAACCGAGUCCUUCCGUCUCGUUUCUAAGUACCUCCUCGUUUCCGUCAGGAAAAUUUUAACUGUGAGCAACUUUCUGGAGAUUGGCGCUUUUCGAGACUUCUCCAAGUAGGCCUACAACUGUUCAAAAGCACCAGAUGCAAAAUUUAACAAAUUGUAACUUUUUCCUGAAUUGUGUGCAAGUGUAGGGCUAAAUAUCUCACACAACCACUGUCAAGGUGGACAUGGCGGUGUCAAAGGCAAAGUAUUUGCGAAACCUUUUUAUUUACGCCGCUGGCGUCAGUCACAGUUCACGGUGUCAUUUGAGGAAGGCGGCGAGCCAAGGAAAAGUAAUUGCAAGCGCUCAUUUCUGCUCAACCAGCGCCAAAGACACAGGCUCGGUGGCGGCGCGGCCCUUGGUGCUGGUGGAGAGGAGCGGGCCGGUGGUCACCGUGGCGAUAAACCGUCCAGAGGUGCGGAACGCGGUCAACCAGGCGACGGCGGCCAGGCUGCUGGAGGAGAUGAGGAGGUUUGAAGAGGACGAGGCCCUCUGUGUUGCUGUGCUGCACGGCAUCGGAGGGAAUUUCUGUGCUGGUUAUGAUCUGAAGGAGCUGGCCCGUCACUCUGCUUCCCUCCAAUUGGACCAAGAUGUCACCAGAGGUCCCGGUCCCAUGGGCCCGUCCAGGCUGGUGCUGUCCAAGCCCCUGAUCGCGGCGGUGAGUGGGUAUGCGGUGGCCGGGGGGCUGGAGCUCGCCCUGCUGGCGGACAUGAGGGUGGUGGAGGAGAGUGCUGUCAUGGGGGUCUUCUGCAGGAGGUUUGGUGUUCCUCUAAUUGAUGGUGGCACGGUGCGGCUCCCCAAGCUCAUUGGUCUGUCUCGAGCUCUGGAUCUCAUCCUGACUGGUCGUCCAAUAGGAGCCCAGGAAGCCUUAGCCUAUGGAUUGGCCAAUCGCGUGGUCCCGGAUGGCCAAGCCCUGCAGGUUGCCAUGGAGCUAGCGGAACAGAUAAGCAGCUUCCCUCAACAGUGUCUCCGUGCCGACCGGGAUUCCGCCUACCACGCAGCAUUUGACUCCGCCUCCUUCUCUGAGGCCAUGCAGUACGAGACCGACCGCGGCCUGCCUGUUGUCAAAGCCGAAUCUGUCGCUGGGGCAACCAGGUUCAGUUCAGGGAUUGGCAGAGGAGGGAAGUUCUCCUGAGCAGUGUUCUACAGGUGCAUAAGUCAGGGUCACUCAUACUUUUCUGUUGCUCAUGUACAAUUCAAAAUUUGGCUUAUGCUUACAGUUCCUGAAUAGGACACAUGGCCAUUAUUUAAAUCAGUGAUUCCAAACCAGGGGACGUUUACCACAAGGGGUACAUGAGCACACAACAGGGAGUAUGUGGAAACAAUGUUUAAAUAAUAUCUUUAUGGAACAUAGUCACAUUGGUGUAGGAGGUGCCACACAGGACAAAAAAAAUGUUGGGAGACUCAGUUUAACCCAGUAAGGCACGGCUCUUGUUAUAAAUUAGCUGUUACCAGAAUGGCAAUGACCAAGUUGC